AUGGCCGACCAUAAUGAGAAUUUCACGAGCGCGGAUGCCUCAACCGAACGGAAGGCGCCAUCACCUGCCCAAUCGGACGCAACUCCCAGCGCGGCGAAUGGUUCCUCGAGGGACACCAAACGGGAGGCCAGCUGGCCGUCGGUGUUGUUCUACAUUCAUCUUAACAUUCUCGGCGUGUACGGUGGCUUUGUGCUGUUUUCUCACACCUCAGCCAUCACGUUCUGCUUCACUUUCUUGCUAACGCUGUGCGGCAUCUUGGGCGUUACGGCUGGAGCUCAUAGGCUGUGGGCGCAUAGGACGUACCAGGCUUCGACGAUGCUACGCUUCACGCUGAUGAUCUUUCAAACCCUCGCCGGACAGGGCUCAAUCUACGAUUGGGUGCGCAUGCACCGGCUGCACCACGAGAAGUUCCGCACCGUCGAUGAUCCGUACUACAGCGACAAGGACUUCCUGCACGCGCAGGUGUUCGCCAACAUCCGCAAGCUGAGCGCGCGGCAGGAACAACUGCUGCAGGCGAUCGACAUGAGCGACCUAGAGACCGACCGGAUCGUGAUGUUCCAGCGGCGCUUCUACUGGCUGCUGUAUCCGGUUCUGUUCGUCCUGCUGCCGAUCAAUGCCCCGCUCGAGUACUGGGGCGAUUCCGUACAGGCGGCCAUUUUCGUCGCGUUCUCGCUGCGCUACCUGAUCGUGCUGAACGUCGCCUGGCUGAUCAACUCGGCCCACUUCGUCUGGGGCCUGGACAAGAGCCAGAAGCAGUCCGAAUCGAACAUGGUGUUCCUGGUGACGAAGAGCUACUGGCCGCAGUAUCAUUAUCUGCUUCCGUUCGACUACCAGAGUGGCGAGUUCGGCAAUUACGGAUCCGGAUGUACCACGGCGUUCAUUCGCAUCUGCGCCGCCACCGGUCAGGCGACGAAGCUGCAAACGAUGACCACUGAAGCGGUCAAACGUGGUCUCACGAUGGCGGUCGAUAGCGGCAAACCGAUCGUGGACUGCCUCAAGCAAGCCGGUGCCGAGGACAUGUGCAACCUGGCGCGUGAACAUUAUCUCCAAAACGAGCGGCUCCACUAACGGGUGGGCGCAGGCCAAUCAGAUCUAGCUGAUAAGUGUCCCCAUUCCACCCGGUUUCGACGGAUCGGACGGAUGCAUAAUUUAUUGCGAGCUCAGCCGGCACUCGGCGGCUUCCUUUUUGCCAUCGGCCGCUGCGUUUAUCCCGUUUGCCGGACAGCGAGCACGCACAACGUUUGUGUGUCGUUUCUUUUUUUUUUGUUUUAAUUAAUGUAAAAAUUAGGGUCUAGGUUUUCAUCCGCUACUCCUGCGCCUCGAAGAUUCGGUGUGGAUUUUGGAGGAAGCGAACGCCGACCGACCCGAGGGAGCUAGACUCGCGUAGCGGAUAGACGAACUGAUGAUGGGGGCUUGUUGUUGUGAAAUAAAAUACACCAAAUCGAUCUACGU